AUGGAUCUUGCCAUGGAUACUAACUCUGACAAAACAAUCAACGGAAUAGUGGUUGGACAACUGAGUCCCACUCAAUUCUUUGUUUGGUGUCAAGAAUCCUAUCCCGGAAAAGAUGGUGUUCUCACUACGAAUCCUGAACACCCCGUGCUUCUCGGGGAUUGGGUGUCCUUGAAAUUUUCGAAAACUCAAGCGGAUUUGUACUUUCCUAAUCCAAAGAACGCGGAUGCACCUCCUUUCAAAACAUCGGAGUACUCGGUGAUUCCGGAUAUCUACAGGACUGAUGCGGCAAUUAUCAUUCGAGUGACACUUCUUCAAAAGUUGAAAGAAAACCAGGAGGAGAUUGAUCACUCUGUUUUUGGAAAGAUUUACAACAACAAUAAACUUGAAUUCGCUGAUGGUAUGUAUUACCUGACAAUCAAAAGAAUCAAAGUUGAGAAUAAUCGGGAUAGUGAAUGGGUUUUGGAAAAAGUUAAAGAAGUUCCUGAAGAGCCACCUGAGGUUGUUGUAACUGGAAUUGUUGCCGCGGUAGAUAACAAGAACAAGGACUUACUCUAUGUCUGGUGUGAAGAGCGUUUGCCGGGACAAGACAUCACCAUCAAAAUGCGUUCAGGCUCUCCAAGCCUUCCACUUGGAACAUGGGUGAAAAUGAAGUUGAAGUUGAAACUGAAAAUUGAUGACCCAGAUAAAAAGGAAAUUUUCCAUCCAAUCAUUGGGCAUAUUAUAAAUGAUGCCAUAAGACUUGAUCAACCCGGAAAGCAUGAACUCACUAUCAUCCGUGCAAGACCUGAUAAGAACAAUCAAAUUGAAAGCGUAUGGUACUUGCGGGAUGCGGAAUUAAUAAUGGAGGAUAUAGCUAUGGUGACUAGAAUUCUCACUGGCGGUCAAUCGGAAGCAAUUUAUGUUUGGUUAUUCGACGAGCAACGCGAAGGUCGUUUGUUUCUCAAUAGCACCGCCGAAAGUCAUGGUUUGACUGUUGGGAAAGUUUUCAGUGCUCCAUUCAUAAAACCCAAUCAAAAAUGGAUGUCAUCUGGUCCAGUUUCCCAAAUUGAGGAUCUCUAUCUGACAAGAGUAAAUAGAACGGGAGGUAUUGAUAUCCAAGUGAACGCUGAGAAUAUUCAAAAUGCCGACGACGCUCACUCUGGCUACCCGUGGAUUCAUCAUGGUCACUUUGGAGAUAUUCUGGAUAACCGACAUCAACUCCGGAACAGAGAGGCGGGCCAGUGUCGGAUGUGGAUCAGAAGAGCCUGGGUGGAUAGAGAGGAUAAUCAUCAAUGGGUUGUUUUGGAGGGAAUCGAAUAA